AUGAUUGUGGAAGAUGAGAAGGAGAAUUUGCUUGACGAUCCUGGAGGUGAUGCUCACAAUACUAUCUCCGUCUCUCGACAGGUCAUCCCCGACUUCAAGAAAUUUCUGGCUCGUCAACGCCAUAUCCGGGACGCGCAAGUACACCAGACCCUUCGAAUCGAUCUGGUCGAGCACAUAUGGUACCAGGAAGAAGAGCAGUAA